AUGAUCGGGUCCAUAGAAGCGAAUAAGGACGAAGAGAGUAACGUUACUCGCCCCACGCAUUUUAGCACGCUACUUUCUAAAACUAAAUGUCGUUCAUGCAAUCAACACCACCAUACGUUAUUGCAUUUUGAGAAAAAGUCUCCGGUAUUGAGUGACCCCGGUGACCUUAACGUAAACAUAAAUCGUAGUCCAGCUGUUUCGUCUUCUUUACCGCCGGCGCAGGCACAGGCCGCACGUACCACUGCGCCCACUCCCUCCGCGUCUCAGUCCGAGAUUUCUUUGUGUACGACGUCCAUUGCGCCCGCUCGCAGGCAGUGCGCGCGCACUUAUCAUACUCGCGAAGCCGAGCGUCAAUGUACCGCGUCCACAACGAUAUUGUUAGCGACCGCGGAAGUUAUUAUUUAUGAUGUUAACAACACGCCGCGCGUGGUUCGCUGUUUACUUGAUAGUGCAUCGCAAAGUAGUUUUAUUACUUCUGACUGUUUUAAACGUCUUGGAUUAUUUAAUAACUUUAAAAAUACUAACUUAGUAGUUAAAGGGAUUGGUGGUUCAGAAAAAUCGUGUAAGGGUUCCGUAGAUAUUAAAAUAUAUUCGCGUUUCAAUAAAGAUGUUAAUUUCACCGUUUCCUCGCUUAUCGUGGAACGUAUUACGGACACGCUGCCGAACGCUCACGUGGACGUGUCUUUACUCGCGCACCUCGAGUCGUUGCCGCUCGCUGAUGCUCACUUUGCUCAGCCGGGUAAUAUCGACGUCUUGAUCGGGGCUUCAGUUUUUCCGCACUUACUACUACCUAAUAUUGUACGUAGUAAGCAAUAUAAUAUACCUCCCGCUAUUGAGACGGUGUUUGGAUAUGUAGUUAUGGGUGCCGUACCUACGCUGCAUAAUACAAAUUACACUACCUCUUGUUGUUCUGUUCUUCAAGAAAAUAAUAUUAAUUCUCUUCUCAAGCUAUUUUGGGAGCUUGAAGAGGUCUCCGCACCGCCCUCGCUGAGCCGUAAGGAUCUCGAGUGUGAAGAACAUUUCCGCGCUACCACUGUUCGCGACGACAGUGGUAGAUAUGUUGUGGCGUUGCCGUUUUGUGGCGACCCAUAUUCUUUAGGCGACUCGUAUGCCGCUGCGCUUAGGCGUUUUUACUGUUUAGAACGCAAACUCGACGCGUCGCUUAAAUUACGCGGCGCUUAUAAUGACGUCAUGCGUGAUUACAUAAAUAAAGGUUUUUUAAGCCCGGUUGUAAACGACGAGGGUAACAAUUCUCUUCCCGCGUAUUAUAUUCCGCAUCACGGCGUGAUUCGCGAAGAUAAGACCUCCACUAAACUUCGUGUGGUUUUAGAUGCUAGUUGCCGAACUACAUCGGGUCAGUCGAUCAAUGAUAUUUUGCAUGCCGGUCCUGAUCUACAGGGUGAUUUAUUUAACAUUUUAAUAAAGUUUCGACUUUUCAAAAUUGCUUUGUCAGCUGAUUGCCGUCAAAUGUUUCUUAAUAUUAGCGUUUGUGAAUCUGACCGUAAGUUUCAACGAAUUUUAUAUCGUUUUGAUAAUAGUGAACCUUUAUCUGUGUAUCAGUUUAAUCGCGUUUGUUUUGGACUCAAGUCCAGUCCUUAUCAUGCUUUACGAGUUGUCCGCCAGUUGAUUGCUGAUGAAGGUGACAAUUUUCCCGCUGCUGCAGCUGCUGCUGCUUCCGCUCUUUAUAUGGAUGACAUAGUCUAUAGUGUCCCCUCCGCCCCGCAAGCAGUUUCGCUUUGUGAAGAGCUAAUUCAGCUUUUCAAACGAGGCCAAUUUGAUUUAGUCAAAUGGACUAGCAAUUCCAAAGAGGUUCUCGCGCACAUACCUGAUUCGCAUAAGGCUUCUCCGGACAUUGAGUUCGAGAAGUCCAUACCUCACAAGGUUCUUGGCUUACGCUGGGACAGACAUUGUGAUAACUUUCGCUUUGACGUUUCAUCACCAGAUGGUAAGUGUACCAAACGCAUUAUGCUAUCCACAGUGGCUCGCUUAUGGGACAUAAUGGGGUUUGUGGCUCCUACAAUUUUGUACGCCAAGCUCUUAAUUAAAGACCUUUGGUUAGCAAAGUGCGAGUGGGAUGACACUCCUCCGGAUCAUAUCGUCGCUGCUUGGAGACAGUUUUGUAUUGAGCUUUCCGCACUCAAUCAAAUAACUGUGCCGCGCCAUCUAGGUUUAGUCGAUGGAUGUACUAUUAACUUAAUAGGUUUCGCUGAUGCCAGUGAACGUGCUUAUGGCGGAGUCAUAUAUCUGCAAGUCCGCAUUGGAUCUAACUACUCUGUGCAGCUAGUUUGUGCCAAGUCUAAAGUCUCGCCGGUCAAAACCAUUUCAGUUGCGAGACUGGAGCUGUGUGCGGCUCUGUUGCUGUCUCGAUUGCUUCGCAAGGUUCAAGACACAAUUGCGUCCCGAUACUCCAUCAAUAAAGUAUACGCAUUUACGGACUCCAAAGUAGUGCUCGCUUGGAUUAAUUCUUCUCCUCACCGCUGGCAGACCUUUGUCGCCAAUCGCGUUACUAAAAUAAUAGAACUUAUUCCUGCUGCUUGUUUCCAUCACGUUGCGGGUAUUGAGAAUCCCGCUGAUUGCCUGUCUCGUGGUGUUACUCCAGCUAAUCUUCCGCAUCAUCCUUUGUGGUAUCAUGGGCCUUCUUGGAUUUCCCGUGAUCCAUCAGAGUGGCCUAUACAGCCCUCGCAUAAUGCAGAGAUCGAAGACAUACCUGAACGGAAGUCUGUAUCUCAUCCCGUGACUAUUGAUGUUCCGGUAUCUCCUAUUUAUGCACUCGCACUACGCAUGUCAUCGUGGUCUAAGUUACUACGUGUCAUCGUUUAUGUCUUCGUUUUGGCGGCGCUGGCGCUCAGAAUACCUUCACCAACUUCAGGCUAG